GCCCAAUCAGUAUACAUACCCACAGGGAUUAGUUGAGGACUUACCUGUCCUGCCUCUUGUCGAUGGUUAACCCACUUGUGCCUAUGAUAACAACGCUCAAAGCGGUAAGGAAGAAAGCCGAAUAUCUCAUUUUUACCGGCGGCCGAACUGUUUCUUGCUGGACGAUUGUGCACGCUUCGAUUUGUGCUCGCUGGAAUUGCGCGGCUGGCGCCAUUUUCUACUCAAGGGCAGAUUGUUUCACACAUUCCUGCCAAGUCAACAUUCCAUGGUAUCAAAAUGUGCCAUACUUCGCGUCACAGACCUGUGCGCUCUGCUCGCGCGUUCCCGGAGUUACUCGAUAUAUCUUCGUGACAUACAGCAGAUUCCCGGGACUUAGGCUUUUGCAAGGUUACAUUUACACCGCCGGGCGACAAUAUCAGCGUAGAGAUGUGGUUCUCAUAUACUGCUUUAGUGCUGUAUGCCGCCUCAUUGAUAGCUUCUUCGACCGCUCAGUCUACAUACUGGCUCGCCAACAAGCCGGACGUUGGUACAGUCGCGUUUCAACCAGACACAACGUAUCCUGUCUUUCGCAAUGUCAAGGAUUAUGGGGCUUUCGGAGAUGGCAUACACGACGAUUCGGACGCUAUCAAUGCGGCAAUCGCGUAUGGUGAUCGCUGUGGUGGCGGAGACUCGAUCAACGGGUCAUAUUGUCAAUCUCAGACGAUCACACCAGCUCUGGUGUAUUUCCCACCGGGAACAUACAACAUCUCCAAACCUCUUGUGAUGUACUACUUCACUCAGAUGGUGGGAGAUGCAGUCAAGCCUCCUACGAUUGCCGUGAAUAGCAACUUUACGAAUAUCGUCGGCUUAGCGGUGAUGGACGCAGAUAUAUAUAUACCCAGUGGCAGUGGAAGCGAAUGGUACGCCAACCAGAACAACUUCUACCGGCAGAUCCGCAACUUCAUUAUCGACAUGACUCAGGCUCCGUUAAACACUGCGGGCAUACACUGGCAAGUGGCCCAAGCGACGAGCUUGCAGAAUAUCGUCAUCAACAUGGCCGACCAAGACGUGGUUAACAAUGCGCAGCAAGGCAUAUACAUGGAGAACGGCUCCGGUGGCUUCUUUUCCGACGUGACAAUCAAAGGCGGAUACCUUGGGAUGUAUCUGGGGAAUCAGCAGUUCACGACGCGGAGUCUCUCGUUCGAUGGCUGCGCCACGGCCAUCAAGAUGAACUUUGACUGGCUGUGGACCUUUACUCAGCUCAAUAUUCAGAAUUCGGGUGUAGGCAUCGACAUGACCAACGGAGGCUUCUCAAAUCAGGCCACCGGCUCGGUGGUCGUGUUGGACAGUAUCAUUUCAGCAACACAGGGCAUCAUCACACCGUAUGCUGCGGGCUACAGCUCUCCGCAGGCCGCUGGUACCCUGGUUCUGGAGAAUGUCGAUUUCACCGGAAGUCAAUCUGCUAUCGCUGCUGCCGGUGGCACUCAAGCAAGAGUCAUACUUGACGGUGGUCAAUUCAUCGCCUUGUAUGCCCAAGGUAAUGCUUGGACGACCGCUGGUCAGGCGCUUGAUGGACAGUCGUUCAAUGGGACCUCGUGUGUUUACGCUAACUCCAGUCAAACGGCCUACACUGCCCAGGAAACAACAAUUCAAAGGCAACUGGCGCCGGUGCCACGCCCGUCAAACCUGGUAGAUCCCAGUACGGGACAGUAUAUCGUUCGGUCCAAGCCGCAGUACGAGACACUCAGUUGGGCUACUGACUUCAUAAGCGCGAAGGCUUACGGACUGGCUGGUGAUGGAAACACAGAUGACACCGUCAAAAUGCAAGCGCUAUUCAACGAAGCUGGUUCAACGGGUCAAGUGGUUUACUUCGACAAAGGUGCCUAUGUCGUGAACUCGACAGUCUUUGUGCCGAAAGACUUGAAAAUCACUGGCGAGUGUCUACCCAUCAUCAUGGCCACGGGCUCUUUCUUCGGUGACCAGUCCAACCCCGUGCCAGUGUGGCAGGUCGGCAACCCCGGUGAUUCAGGUUCAGUGGAAAUGUCGGACCUCGUCUUCGAGGUCAAAGGACCUUGUCCCGGAGCCAUUGUCGUGCAAUGGAACAUCGCCGCCGUGUCUGGCGGUUACGCUGGAAUGUGGGAUGUUCAUUGGCGUAUUGGUGGCUCUGCUGGGACGGACUUACAAAUGGACAGGUGCAUUAAGAGCACCGCGACCGUUGCGUCAGGAAGCCCCUAUCUGACGAACUGUGUUGGCGCGUUCCUGCUGUUACACGUCACGCCCCAAGCAAAUGGAUACUUUGAGAAUAUCUGGGGUUGGGUGGCCGAUCACGAAUUGGACAUGGGCACGCGGGACCAGGUCACCAUCUUCAACAAAGGGGGCUUCCUGUCCGAAAGUCAAGAAGGCCCAGUGUGGCUAUAUGGCUCAGCGUUCGAACACUCAGCCAUGUUCAACUACGAGUUUGUCAACUCGAGUAACGUCUUCAUGGGCCACAUCCAGCAAGAAACGGCGUAUUAUCAGGGCAACCCCAACUCACUGAACACAAACUUCUACCCGAACGCGUCGUGGAAUGAUCCCACAUGGGCGGACUGUGCUUCGUCGGCGACCAAUUGUCCACGGACAUGGGGAUUGAGGCUGAUCAAUUCCUCAUCCAUCUUCAUGUAUGGCGGCGGUCUGUACAAUUUCUUCGAGAAUUGGAAUACGGCCGCGUGUUUGGGCACGGAGAGCUGUCAGCAACGCAUGGUCGAGAUUGAGAAUUGCACUGACAUUUACUUGUGGGCGUUGAGUACGAAGGGAUCACAGUUCAUGAUUGAUUAUAUGGGGUCGGAUGUCGUGCCUUACUCGGUGAACAAGGCCAACUUUUGUGAGACGAUUGCUUUGUUUGAGUUGGCUGAGUCGCCUUGAGGGAGAAACCGCUACAAGGAACUGGAAGUUGGAAGGCUGGUUGUCAUUGUCAAUGGUUGGAGUUGGACUAGAGCCUCCGCUGCUUUCAGUAGCUACCAAGAAAUAUGAAGAAUUUGAUCAUUGAUACCUGAUGGACAAUGGUUGCUGGA